CCCCCAUCACGGCGCAUCCAGUCCAUCGUUCAAAGGUUCAUUCUGCCUACUCAUCUACUGGUCACCUUAUCCAAGAAUCAUCCAUGUCUUUUACGCGAAAGGCAACGUUUGCUGCACAACCGACCACUGAGCGUGGUCGACCCGUACAUUUGGGCGGUGAUCCCAAAGGAAAGAACUUUCUUUAUACCAACGGUCGUGCGGUCGUGAUUCGCAACUUGGCGAACCCAGAGAUUGCCACCGAAUAUACCCAACAUACGUCUCAAGCGACUGUUGCGCGAUACUCUCCCAGCGGAUUCUACAUUGCCUCUGCAGAUGUUCAAGGCAAUAUUCGUAUUUGGGAUACAGUCGGCACGGAAAACAUUAUCAAGACUGAAACCAAAGUGUUUUCUGGAAAAGUCAAUGACCUUGCAUGGGAUUUUGAAAGCAAGCGUAUUAUUGCGGUUGGCGAAGGAAAGGAUCGAUUUGGACACGCGUUCUUGUUCGAUACGGCUUCUUCAGUCGGUGAGAUUGGCGGUCACAGUAAAGUCAUCAAUUCCGUGGACAUCCGUCCUGGUCGUCCCCUCCGCGCGAUUACAGGAUCAGAUGAUAUGACUGUAAACUUUUACCACGGUGUACCUUUCAAAUUCAACAAGUCGAUCAAUGACCAUUCCCGAUUCGUUCAAUGUGUUCGAUACUCUCCAUCGGGUGACCACUUUGUUUCUGCUGGGUCCGAUGGAAAGUUGUUUCUGUAUGACGGUAAAGAGGGAACCAAGAUUGCCGAGCUUAGUGCAGCGGAAGAUAGUCAUAAAGGCGGUAUCUAUUCUGUGUCGUGGAGCCCGGACGGCAAGAAUUUGCUGAGUGCCUCUGCGGAUAUGACGACGAAACUUUGGGACGUGGCGUCUCAGAAAGUGGUUAGCACAUGGUCAUUCUCAAACAACCCAUCUCUUGAAGAUCAGCAAGUUGGCAGCUUAUGGCAGGGCGACUAUCUCAUUUCUCUCUCACUUUCCGGCGACAUUAACUACUUGAACAAGUCUUCGGGUGGUCUCGCCAGAGUAGUGAAGGGUCAUCAACGAGGCAUAACGGCGCUUGCGGUAGAUAGCAACAAGACUUUGUUCAGUGGUAGCUACGACGGACGAGUAUGUGCAUGGAGUGACGGAUCUAGCGGGGCCACGAUACCCACCGGAACGGGCCACUCCAACCAAGUCUCGAACUUGGCUGUGGAUGGCGACAAAGUGUACUCUGUUGCAAUGGAUGAUACGUUACGCAGUAUCUCAGCAUCCGCAAACCCGGUAGCUUUCGAUUCCACUGCGAUUGCCACUGGCGCACUUCCAAAGGGAGUGGGAGCAAAGAAUGGAACAGCUAUCGCCGUAACGGUCAACAACGACGUUAUUGUGUCCAAGAAUGGAAGCAAAGUAUCCGAGUUGAAGGUUUCCUGGGUCCCCUCAUCCGUUGCAAUUGCUCCGAACGGAAGCGACGUGGCUAUCGGCGGCGAGGAUCAUAAAGUACAUCUGUACACCCUUGCCGAUGGUCAACUAAAGGAAAAAACUGUACUAGAAAGCAAUCGCGGCCCAGUAACCGCCUUAGCCUACUCUCCCAAUGGAGCCCUUUUGGCAGCAGCCGAUACCCAACGAAAUGUCUUUGUCUAUGAUACUGCUACAAACCAACUUAAAAUCCACCAAUGGGUCUUCCACACCGCCCGAGUGAAUUGUGUCGCUUGGGCGCCAGACUCGUUGCACGCUGCAUCUGGAUCGUUGGAUACUAAUGUAGAGGUGUGGAGUGUGGAGAAGCCUAUGAAGCAUAUUACGAUUCGAGGGGCACAUCUGGAGUCGGUGAAUGGAGUGGCAUUUUUGGAUAAUAAUACACUAGCAUCUGCUGGUGGUGAUGCUACGAUUAAAAUAUGGACAUUGACAUAUGCGUGAGAGUAAAGAGGUACAUCUUGGACGUGAAUUGGAAAAUUUGAGGCGUUGGCGUAGAUUUAGAUAGUUGCGUCUAUCAAUGGUUUAAUCUUAUCUUGUGGAGUUGUUCAAUAUCCUUGCUACCAAUUGGUCAGAUAUCGCUGCAUUUCGUCUCACAGUUGGUUUUGUUUGUAUUUUGUAUCACUCAGCACGGGCACAAAUUACAUGUGCUUAA